AUGCCUGUUACUCUCCCCUUCUUGCUGCUUACGAUCUCCCUGCCAAAGCCGUCCAUCUUUUGGCUCCAGGCUCCAGAUGUACAUGGGAAGCACCGUCUUCAAUGUACAGCUCAGGAGGAAUAUGCGGGCAGCUGGUUCUACCUAUAUCAGGGACCAAGCCGGGAACCCAUGGCUGAAAAGAAAGCCUUGCCCACUCAAUCCAAAGUAACCUUUGCAGUCCACAGCUUUGGGCCCAGUGAGCAAUUCCACUGCAGCUAUGAGAUCUGGGAGGCAGGGAAGUCCCUUCACUCCCCACUCAGCAGCCCUGCAAACAUCACAGAGGACCAUUACCCCAAGCCAUCCAUCACUGUGAGUCCCAGUACUGAGGUUCUUGCAGGGCAGGACUGGACUAUCCGUUGUUGGGCUCCAUCACCAGGAGUCAACUUUGUCCUGUACCAGGCCAGGGAGUUCCGGAUAGAGGUCACCCCCCGAGGGGACUCCAACACUGCUGAAUUCUCCUUGAAGAAUGUCACCAUGGCCGAUGCAGGCCAAUACACCUGCUAUUACCACAGCACCUCAGAGCCCUUCAUCUGGUCAAACGCCAGUGACCCAGUGCAUCUAAGAGUUAUCGAUGCAACCAAGGUCCCCAGUUACCAGGAGGUGUUGGUGGACUCUGCAGGGAGAUAUCGAGUGAAUUGCUCGGUACCUUCCACUGCUGAGGGCUGGUUCUAUCUUUACCAGGGAGGGCAGCUCUUUGCUGAAACCAGAGCUUGGCAUGAUGGGACGACUGCCAGCUUCAACCUCACAGAAGAUGCACUUAACAUCAACAAGGGAGAGCUGAGCUGCCAAUAUAGGGAAAAUCGGCUCAAUGACACCGAAGUGUGGACACAAGAUUCCCGUUGCCAGGGCACUGAUUACACCACAGCCAACUCGUUGCGACUUGGGAUCGGGGCCUGCAUCCUUUUAUUAGCCCUACUUUUCAUAGCUGAAGCAUGCUGGGACGAGAAGCAUCAGAAGAACUAAGCCAAGUAAAGGGACCCUGGACCAGCACGGUGGAUCCACUGAGCUAACCAAGUCUGGUUUGGAACCUAGUGGCUGCAUUUAACGAGAAGGGACAUAAUGAUGGUUCGCAAGCCACACAGAGAUUGUUAGACUAUAGUCCUCAACCAGCUUACUUCAUAGUGGCCACAUCAAUGUAAUCAGAGCUCCUCUAAAACAGGAGCUUUAGUCUGCAGGAGUGGGGAACAUGUGAUCCUCCAGAUGUUGUUGGUCUCUAGCUGCCAUCAGCCCCAGCCAGUUUGGCUGUUGAUCAGGAAUUAUGGAAGUUGGAGUGCAGCAGCAUCUGAAAAGCCACAGGUCCCCCAUACCUGGCUUGUUUUGAAGCAGAA